GGUGGUGUUUGGGUGCGAUGAAUAGAGAGUGAAGAGAGGGUUAUUCUCCCUCCUACACCAUGUGAUGACGGCCAGAGUGACUAUAACACUGGAGCGAUGGUUUUUAGUCACUUUCAACAGCAACAAAACGGCAACAGCAUCACUGACGUAAAGCAACCACAAAAAGAACCGGAGCAGCACCGCGCUCAGAACAACGGGAAUUGGACUUGGUCACCCAACAUUGGGACCAAACACACAGAAUGGAAAUAGACAGCAUACUGGAUGGAGUGAGGAUGUCGACGGAAUAUGUCGCCUUCAGUCUUUGACUGUAAUUUCUAGCAGUCAGCGACAGCAUCUUUCUGAUUCUGAAUUGCAAUGCAUUCGGUAAGGAGAGUUAUGACAGGAGUUGCUGCAGGGUGCCGCAUUGCCUGACCGCUUGAAGGUAGCAUAGUGUAAUGAUUUUAUGGUAAUUGUAAUGUUAGAUUAUUUUGGGUGGGGAUGGAUGAUAACGGUUGUCUCACAAUUGUGUGUUUAGGCUUCCAACAUAGCCAGGUUAGAGAUGCAAUCGGUGACUGAACAUAGGCUAUUCAUAUACCUAAUUGGGAAGUCAGCAACAGCCAGUAUUGCGACUGAUUUGAGAGCUUUAAAUGUCAACAUAUUAGAAGAAAGUUGGAAACAGAAGUCAAAUGUUAGAUAGGUACAGGUGGAAACAUAAUGGCGCUGUCCAAAAAGUGAAUGCAGCCAAUGUUGCACCUUCUAUCACAGGCCUACUCAGGAGGACCCAGGACGAUAUCUGAAGUCAGGCUUUGAUUUUAGGGAACUGAUUGAGAGGGUCCAAUAGGCAUAUACGUGACGCAUUCAUUGUUGGAGGUUUUGGCUCCAUCGACGGUAACAUUUUACCAACCAUUCAAUAUUGGCCGUGGAAGUAAGGACGAUGGCUCACUUGCAAGCGGGCUUGUCUCCAGAAACCCUGGAGAAAGCCAAGGUGGAGUUAAAGGAGAACCCCGACACUCUACAUCAGGACAUUCAGGAGGUGAGGGACAUGAUCAUCACCCGCCCAGACAUUGGCUUUCUUAGGACAGAAGAUGCUUUCAUCCUGCGCUUUCUCCGAGCGCGGAAAUUUAAUCAUUUCGAGUCGUUUCGCCUCUUGGCCCAGUAUUUCGAAUAUCGUCAGCAAAAUCUGGAUAUGUUUAAAAACCUCAAAGCAACCGACCCGGGAAUCAAGCAAGCUCUCAAAGACGGAUUUCCGGGGGUGCUGACCAACUUGGACAGAUAUGGCAGGAAAAUACUGAUUCUCUUUGCUGCUAACUGGGACCAGAGCAGGUAUACAUUUGUGGAUAUACUGCGAUCUAUUCUGUUGUCGCUGGAGUCCAUGAUAGAAGACCCAGAGCUACAGGUCAAUGGAUUUGUCCUGAUCAUCGACUGGAGCAACUUCACGUUCAAACAAGCCUCCAAACUAACACCGAGUAUGCUGAGACUGGCCAUAGAAGGUCUACAGGACAGCUUUCCUGCCAGGUUCGGAGGAAUCCAUUUUGUGAACCAGCCGUGGUACAUCCACGCCCUGUACACUGUCAUACGACCCUUUCUGAAGGACAAGACAAGAAAAAGGAUCUUCAUGCAUGGGAACAACCUGAACAGCCUUCACCAGCUCAUGCACCCUGAGAUCCUGCCCUCUGAGCUGGGUGGGAUGAUGCCCCCCUACGACAUGGGCACCUGGGCCCGCACCCUCCUGGACCACGCCUAUGAUGAGGAGACUGAGUACUGCCCCGAGUCCUACUCCCUGUCUGUCAAAGACCUGGAGAAAGACCUGUCUCCCAAAACCAUGAAGAGGUCUCAGUCGGUGGUGGAGCCCGGAGUUCUUAAACGUCCAGAAAAGGUGAAGAGUGAGGAGGAGAACAUGCAGCCACUGCUCUCGCUGGACUAAUGUAGAGUCUGACACAACACAAACAGCCUAGAAAACAUUGACCCUCAGACAGACAGAGACAGACACAGACAGACACAGACAGACAGACAGAAUGACGGGAAAGAAUGCCCUUGUUCCCCUGAAACAAAAAAAAUAACACCGGUAUAAAAAGGAGGUGAGGAGCAGGGAAGAGAUUGGAGAACGAGAAGAGCCUGUUCUGGCAUCAUAAAGAUGGCCCGACCCACCAUUUUGAGGGAUAUUUCUAAAAAAAAAGAAAAAAAAAAGGAAUAAGAGUUACUAGCAGAGUUCCAUAUGUUAUUGUUAAGUGCCAAUUCAAAACUGUAAAUACACUUCUGAUCUAAACCCCAGGAGGAUGGGGAACUCAUUGUGACAGAAACACAUCUAGAGACUGCUGUUAAUAUUCUGUAUGUGCUUGUGAAAUAUUUUGUGAAAAAAUGGUACCUUAGGAGGUUGAUGGAAAAUCAUGCUUAAAGAGGAUUGGGAGCUGGGGACAUUCAGUACAGUUUCUAAAAUGUCCAAACCGGCAAGUGCAGCUCAGGAUUAGUUCUAAUAAUGAUGAGGUUCUCUUUAAAUGUGAAGCAGAAAGUGUCUGACUGCUUGCACAGCAAGGCAUGUGGCUCUUUCAUUUGAGGAAUUCAAACAGACGUUCAGGUUUCUCUAUCUAAAAGCAAACUCCCCUUUACUGUUCAAGGCUCAAUGAAUUAUGUGUUUUUGUCAGAGACCACAUUUUUUGUUUGGUCUGAAUCUUGCUAUUGGAAUACUUUCAUCCAGAAUGGCUUCUUACCUAUGGUUAUCUAUGGUUAAAUUUGGAUAAACAGUGUCUUCAAACCAUUACAUUUUUCAACAUUUAUGAAACGUGUCAAGGUUAGGUAUUUCGUAUUGCAUUUGAGACAAGAUACACAGUAAGAAGUGCGUACAGUACCAUGAAACAAUUCUGCAACAGCAAGGUCACAUGACAAUUGUUUUAUGUUUUGAGAUGAUUUAGUAUUAGCUAUUGGUUCAGCUCAGAAGUGUUAAGAAUGUUUUCUCUGUGUCAUGUGAUUCCAGAAAUGAGUUCUUGUUUAAGAUGUAUUAACUACACUUGCUUUGAGGAUUAUCUUGAAACUAUUUGUUUCAAUAGGAGUGAAGCUGUCCACAACAGCAUGGCUACACCUACUUGAAAACCAAUUUAGAUACAGUAUUUCAAAUAUAUAGACAUUAUUUUCUUAUAUCUUAUUUUAUGAUGGUGGAAGUUAAGAUAUAAUGUAUACUUAUAUACCGUGUGAUAACAAGCUUUUGCAAUGGCUGCAAGGGUACAGUCAGUGUAUGCCACUGUGUGAUCAUCCGUUGCGAGCUCCUUUGUUUCUCCCUGCAUGGUGGUGAUGCUUGAGGCCAUGUUCAGCUCUGGAGCCCCUGAGCCCUGACACAGUGCUGCCUUCCUGUUAUGACACUAACAUGGGGUGAGUUUGUAAAUUCACUCUGGAGUGGCUGCCUGCUGCCCAGAACUAGGCCAGGCAGACAGACAUUCUUAAUACCCAGUGAACACAGUCCCGUAAACCAUACAGGAAAUGUCAGCUCCAGCUCAAUGACUGAGUGACUCGAGCUUUCAACUGCUGCAGACCCAGGGGCCUUUUUGGUUGCUUUGGUGAAGAAAGGGUGCCAUAAGAGCUUGUCAGUGUUACCCACUCUGUCUGUAGUAACCGUAUGUGUGAGAUGUUACAAUAACUUGAUAGCUGAACAAUGUAAUUUUUUAAAUCUAAAGCCUCAUUAUCAGAUGGUGCUGUCUGUGUGCAUCACCCUGGCAUAUUUUUGUGUGAUGUUCAUCAGUAUUUUAAGGCAUUCAUGGUGCUUGUUUGUUCUGUGCACUAUUCAGAUCAUGCAACAAGAGCAGCAGCGUUUUUGAGAAUUGAACAUGCUUGUUUAGCAUUUGGAAUGUUCUUCCAACUGUUUUCAUGUAUCCAGCCUUGCCAUUUCAACCAAAGCCACCCAUUGACAAAACAAAGAUUUUUAUUGUAUUAUGCUUUAUUUAACAAUAAUCCAUGGCUUGAAGGUAAAGCAACGACUUAUUACGACAAUGUAUUAUUUUUCAUGAAAUGAAUGCAUAUUAUUGCUUUGAGUUAAGUCUUUGGUGUCAUGUUUUCAUGUCACUUUUAUUGUAUAUACAUGUAGGAACAGAUGGCAGAGAAACUCAAUUUAGAGGUCUAGUCAAAUCUCAGAUUAUUCAAAGAGGACGUGUUGGGCAGAGUGUUUUAAUGUUUAAAUGUCCUUAAAGAGAACUUGCUGAUUUAAAUUAUGUAACUGAAUCAAACAUGUCCUGAGCAAAAAACAACCAAUAAAUAUGGACCCACUUGGAUUGG